AAAAUGUGUCCCUCAGAGACUCAAGAGCUCAAUCCAAAGACACCGAAUAGCAAUAUUGAUGAGUCAGGACAGCCCUUAGCUGCAGCCUCAGAAGAUCAAGAAAAUGAAAAAGAGGAGGAGCCCUCCAACUCAAACUUGGUGAAAACUCAUUCAAUAAAAUCUGUGAUUCUUGAACCAAUUGAAUGGCUUCAGAUGCUCUCGUCAAGACUGGAUUCAACCUUUGUUCUUGGCGUUAUUCUUGUCUAUGGUCUAAGCCAAGGCUUCUCUGGAUCUUUCUUCAAAGUAGUCUCAGAUUACUAUUGGAAAGAUGUCCAAAAGGUACAGCCCUCGGCAGUGCAGCUAUUCAUAAGCUUAUACUCCAUUCCGUGGGUGAUGAAGCCCAUUUGGGGACUACUCACAGAUGUUUUCCCUGUCAAAGGUUACAAAAGAAGACCAUAUUUUGUACUUGCUGGUGUUAUAGGGGCUAUUUCAGCACUGUUUUUGGCUUUGAGUGGUAAUUUGGCAGUUGCAUUGGCUUUGGGAUUUCUGAUUGGAAUAACAACUGGGGUAGCCAUUGCAGAUGUGACCAUUGAUGCCUGUAUUGCAAGAAAAAGCAUAGAAAUCAAAUCAUUGGCUCCUGAUAUGCAAAGCCUUUGUGGGUUUUGUUCCUCAGUUGGUGCACUUAUUGGGUACUCCUCAAGUGGUUUCUUUGUUCACCAUCUCGGAGCUCAGGGGUCGCUUGGGCUUUUGGCAAUACCACCGGCUGCAUUGAUUGCACUUGGGUUUGUGAUCAAUGAGUUGAAAACUGCAGAUGACAUCCAAUUUGAGAAGAAAAAGGCAAUUGAGAAUUUGGGAACAGCAGUGAAAGGCAUGUGCAAGACAAUCCAGUGCCCAGAUGUAUGGAAGCCAUCGCUAUACAUGUACUUAUCUAUAGCUUUGAGCAUAAGUACUCAUGAAGGCCAAUUCUAUUGGUAUACAGAUCCCAAAGCUGGUCCAGCAUUCUCUCAGGAAUUUGUAGGUAUUAUCUAUGCAAUUGGUGCAUUGGCAUCCAUUGUUGGGGUUCUAAUAUAUCACAAAACCCUUAAAGAUUAUCCAUUUAGAAGUUUGCUCUUUUUUGCGCAGCUCCUGUAUGCAACUUCAGGAAUGCUUGAUCUUGUUUUCGUGCUUCGUUGGAAUUUAGCUCUUGGAAUUCCAGAUUACUUCUUCGUAAUCAUGGAAGAAUGCGUCUCAAGAAUCAUCAGUAGAAUUAGAUGGAUGCCAAUGAUGGUAUUGAGUAGCAGAUUAUGUCCUAUAGGCAUUGAGGGCACAUUUUUUGCAUUGUUAAUGUGCAUUGAUAGCCUUGGUUCACUUACUUCCAAAUCUGCUGGAGGGAUGGUUCUCCAUCUAUUUCAUGUCACCAGAACUAAUUUCAAGAAUUUGUGGGUAACACUUCUCAUCAGAAAUCUUCUCAGAUUUGGUACAUUGGCUUUGAUAUUUCUUGUUCCAAAUGCUGAUCAUUCAAGUCUUGUAGUUCCAUCUGAUAUAUUGAAAAAGACUACCAACAACAGCUCUAGGAGGGAUGACGACAAUCUACAACUUGUACCGUUGAAUGAGAAAUUAGAGGUUUGAGUUUUGUUCGAGACAAACAAA